CAAUGUUAACUUCACUUGAGGCUGGACGCAGGUAGUCAACAUUGAUAAGGACAAAGACUGGCAGACACCUUCUUUUAGCCACAGAGGUAUACAGCAUGUCCGAUAUGCUUGACGACAUCUUGAAACAGAACUUUAUUAACCUGGCGCGGGAUGAUGCCUUCCCCCCGGCACAGUCUCAACUCAAAGUCCCGGGGCACAGCCGGCUGACCCGGUCGACGUCCUUCUUCUCUUCCCCCUCUCCUCCCCCCUCCUCCACCACCUCUUCGAGGCAGAGCCUGAGCUCGGAGCACGUUAACAAUGACGAUGACAGCAGCCCUUUCUGGCCAGACAACAUCUGGAGCCAGGCCACUCUCUCUAAGCCGCAGCAGCUUCCCUUCAGGCCCGAUCGCUCCAUGAGCCUCACUGAAUCCAGCAGCGCCCUGCUCUCCUCCUUCGUGCAGCUGAAGGGCCUGGAGGCCUUCUCCUCAGGGCCUGCUACUGUAGCUCCCCCACCAGGCUUCCCUCCUUCCUCUUGCCUCCCAGUGCAGACCCCAACAGCGCUCCCUUCUAACCGCUACAAGACUGAGCUCUGCCGUGGCUUCCAGGAAAGUGGCAGCUGCAAAUAUGGCAGUAAGUGCCAGUUUGCCCAUGGAGAGGCUGAGCUUCGUGGGCUGUACCGCCACCCUAAGUACAAGACGGAGCCCUGCAGAACUUUCUACAACUUUGGCUACUGCCCCUAUGGCACACGCUGUCACUUCAUCCAUGAGGAGAAAAUUGGCAGUGGCCCCUUAGCACCUGCCAAAUUUCCAAAUCAGCGGCAACCACCACAAACCACUGCCACAGCCACCGGUGGUCAGAACCCACGCCACCAGCUUCGCCAGAGCGUCAGCUUUGCUGGGUUCCUUGGCUCAUCGCGCAGCUCACCUCCUCCUGCCUCUUUCCCUUCAUCUUUCAAUGAUCCCAACCUGGGCUUCAGUCGCGCUCCCUCUGUUUCUCCACCUCCUGCUGAUCUCCUCUCUCCAGUGUUUGGUGACACCCUUCAGCGUGAGGCAGCAACAGCAGCAUUCCAGUUCGGCCACCACCAGACCCGUUCCAGUGCCGGGGACAUCCACAACAUUCCUCUCAUAGUGGAGCCCAAGCCUUCACGCUGUGUUUGUGGCCACGGAAAUAACUUCCAAACUCUGAGCAGCACCAACAGCAAAGCUUUCUCUAGCAUGGAUGAUAGCCUCCACCAAGAAACCAGUGUGCUGUUUCCAAACGCCCUGGGCCAUGGAGGAUUUAUGAAGCCUCCUGCACUGCAGCGUUUCUCCUCUGAGGAUUCACUGGAAGACAGCUAUAGCAGCAGCGGAGGCUCCAGUGGUACCGAGUCACCAACUUUCGAUGGAUCAGCCACCAAGAGGCUCACCGUGUUUGAGAGGCUUUCCCUGUCUGACUAAAAGAGUCCAAAAGAAAAAAUCGACACCCAGUUAACUGUGCCAAUGUGGACUUUUUCUCUGCUCUCUUUAAAAACAGAUUCAUCAGGACCUGUCACCUUUUGAUGACACAGCAACACUUAAGACACUUUUAAUUUAUGUGUGUACAAAUGGAAUUCAUCUUGGAGAAACUACAGACAUUGCUUUGACAUUGCUUUGGUACACAAAUGUUACCAGAAUCUAUUUUUAUACUUAAUAUUGCGUAGCUAAUUAGACAUUUGUAUGCUAUCUGCCAUAAGAAUUAACUGCUCUGCAGGCCUUGAUGGCCAAGAGUCUGGUUCGUAGCUACAGCAAAUAUGUAGUGAUCAAAUGGCGUAUCAAUAUUGACAAUGAGUAAUUCCUGUGCCUUAAAGAUUCUUCCUCCUUCACUAGAUGGGCUAUUUACUCUCAGUGCCAUAAACAGUAUAUUUGAUUUGUAGCCUUAAUCAAUGUGACCUGACAAGUGUCACUAAUGACAUUUAAUAUGUGAUAUGCACUUUACAGUUUAAAAAAAAAAAAUGGGAGAAACCGUCAAAAUGUCUCCCGGUAGCAUACAACCAAAGCUUCAUAAUUCACUAUGUUCUGUACCUGGUUUUGUAUAUUUGCGUGUGUGUGUGUGUGUGCGUAUGUGUGUGUGUGUGUGUGUGUGUGUGUGCAUGUAACCUUGUUAUUCUCCGCCACCUGGGGUGCAUUCAAACAUGAAAUGCACAUUGAAUACUCAAAGAUCAAAAUGUACUCAUAGUUCUCAAUGUCUUUUUGUCAUCCAGUUUAGACCUGUAUAAGAGAUUUGCUACCCUUAUCCAGUCUAUUUCUAUGAGAUUUGACUCUGUAAAACAUCAUGUGAUUGUCACUGGUUUGAAAAUUGCACCCCUGUCUUAUUGUCCCCUGUUUGUUUGACAACCUUGGUUGGUUCCUAACCCUGAAGGUUGGAGAAGCUUAUUGGUCCAGGGACUUUAACACCGCAGUAUUCCUUUUGGUUAUUGGUUGCCUUAUUUGCAUUGUUUAACUUAAACUAAUAUAUUUAUUAUGAUAUUUAUUUGUGUAAAAAAAAAAACAAAUGUAUUUUGUACUUUAUUUAUGGAGAACUAUUCCAUUAUCU